UCUAACCAAGCAGUAUCUAAAAUGGCAGAAGAGACAUCUGUAGCAACAUCCCCAGCGGCAGCAGCCGCCACUUCAUCUCCAGCGGCUAAGAAAGCCAAAGCCCCCAAGAGUGGUGGUGCAGCAAAGAAGGCAAAACCAACGCACCCAAAAACCUCUGAGAUGGUCAACAAGGCCAUCAAGGAAUUGAAGGAGCGUGGUGGAUCAUCCCUGCAGGCCAUCAAGAAGUACGUGGCAGCCAACUACAAGGUUGAUGCCGAGAAGUUGGCCCCAUUCAUCCGCAGAUACUUGAAAUCUGCCGUCACCAGUGGUGCUCUUGUGCAGACAAAGGGAAAGGGAGCAUCUGGCUCCUUCAAAUUGGCCACAACAGCCAAGGCUGAGAAGAAGACAGCAGAGAAGAAGCCCCGUGCCCCAAAGAAGGCUGCAACGGGUGAGAAGAAGGUAAAGAAAGCCCCAGCAUCGCCCAAAAAGAAGCCAACGGCAGCAGCAAAGAAAGCUGUGGCGGCAAAGAAGCCAAGUGGUGAGAAGAAGAAGAAGGCCGCUGCUUCGCCGAAAAAGGCUGCUGGAGCAAAGAAGGUUGCGCCAAAACAGAAACCAACAAAGCCAUCUGCAAAAUCGGCGGGAAAACCGAAAGCACCCAAGCCGAAGAAGACAGGAACACCCAAGAAGGCUGCAGCCCCCAAAAAGACGGCCGCAAAGAAGAAGUAAAAUUCUUCAUUCAAAUCCACAUUAUUUUCUCCCAUAUUGGGAAACAACAAAACAGCCCUUUUCAGG